UUCCCCUCCUGAGUCUUCCACAGCGACUUUGACCGAUGCUGGGCGGCCCAGCUCUCUGGGCCAGGCCUCGCUUGAAGUGCGAACGCGGCUCGGGCCCAACGGGAAUGCUCGCGCUAAAACAGUCCAGACGCCCGCCUGGGCAGCCUCAGGUAGGGUACCGAACUCUAUACACCGAUGCCUUUUGUUCGGUCCCGCACUGAGAUUCGCGCAAGAAAACGGAUUCUGGUGUAUACGGCAUCCUGGUGUACACAUGAUCUUUCACUACUUUCGGAAUGCUGCCAUUCCGUCUUGGCACCGUCUUCGUCCCUUCCAGCGCGAACUGGGAUGGGCGAGCGGUGAACACGUAGCGUCUUGAAAAACAAUCGGCAUGAGCACAAGAUGUCGGACGUUUGUGUGCGUUAUGCCGCUGCCUCUUCUUCGAGGGAGCGAGCGAGCGAGCAGAGGGCUCAAUCGCGACCGCCUGGUGCGGCCGGCAGCACGCCCCCGCGCGCGACCAGGAGGAUGCCCAUCUCCAAGUGGCCCACAUACGGGAACUGGUCGAAGGCAGCGAGGCGCACGAUGUCGUGCUCCUGGACAGCACGGCCAGGUCGUCUCUCAGCGUCUCGGGGUUGCAAGAGAUGUCCACUAUUCGCGGGAACCGCGCGAGGAACGCGGAGACCUGCGGGCCGAGCCCCGCGCGGGGCGGGUCCACCUGCACGGUCCGAAAGUCGAAGGCGCCGAGGUCCACGUGCUGCAGCCGCACGAAGGAGCGCAGCCCGUCCAUGGCCAGCGCCAACUCCUCUGCAGACACGCUGGACUGUGCUGACCUACGGUGAUGUUGGCGACGCCGUUGUCCGCGGCGUUCUGCUUGCAGGUGUCCAGCAGUUCCUUCACCAUCUCCGUGGCGAAGACCCUGCGGAACAACGGCGCCAGCGCCACGCAGAAGUUGCCGUUGCCGCAGUACAGCUCCAGCAGGUCGUCGCCGCGCGGCGCGCUGGCAGCUGCGCCGACCGCCUCCGUGGCGUCGAGGGCGACGGCCCUCGCCCAGGCGAGCACGCGUCGAAGAAGAAAAACUGCAUACAGUGGAGGGCAGUCCAUAAGAAACCUUCCACAGGAAACCCAAC